GACUUUACAACGAAGAGAUAAGGCCAGACUAGACGAGAGAGAAAGCAGCAAGAGAAUCUUCCCCUGUAAAAGAUGAGCAGGCAUAAUAGAAGAUCUCAUUCCUUACCUCAUCAUUCAAAUCAUGAUUAUCAGUAUCAGCGACAAGAAGACACAAUCUAUGAAGCAGUAGAUACCAGCCCAACUCAUAUCAGAGAAGGACAAGGAGUUUGGCCAUCAGCAGGUUAUGGAGCAGUUGAAUUUCAUCCAAACAAUGUACAACCAUUGAUUCCUGUGAGACCUGAUGAACAACUGACUGACUAUUCAACCGUUGUCAGGCCUCAGCUCCUUAGAGAAAGCCCAGUUAAGUUAUCUGAUGGUAAUGAAACAACCGUUCAAUUUAAAACAGGUCAGUACGCAAAGAUGGUCAUAGUCAUCCUUUUCUUUUCUUUGCUGCCAUUUGGUUUAUGCUUCCUUGCAUUUCUCCCGCUCUGUACCAAAUGCAAGUGGACAAAAGAUGCCUACCAUGUUGACCCUGUCUCUAAUAACAUAGUUGGAAGGUUUCAACGAGGCACAGUAGACGCUCCACAGAUGAUAAGGUAUCAUCGCUAUCCCCCACCAAUACAAAGAGAGCAACCAGUCUCACAGCAGGCAGUGGGACAAUUGAGAGCCAUACCGCAGUUGAUAGUGUUUGGAAGAAAGCCAGCCAAUCUUCCUAAUAUAGGUUCAACCAUAACUCAAAAGCGUAUUGGCUAUGGCAAUCUAUUAGGGGCAUUCAUAGUCCUUCUGGUGAUGUUCUUUGUCCCAUUUGGCUGGGUAUUGCUGCCAGUUUUGACUCUCUCGUGCUUCUGUCUUCCCUGUCUUAAAGAUGUUGAGCAUCUUCACCCUCAGACUGGAGACAUAAUGGGAGUGUACUAUCAGUGCCAGAGUUAACUAUGUAUUGAAUCAUUGUUAUAAUCUCUUUAAAAUAAAUUUCUAAAAAUUAUAGCAGAAUGAGCGACACAAAUAAAAAGUUUACUCAAUCAGUAAGACAAUA